CAAUUCAACGAAUCCAACAACUCUAUUCAUUUCAUCAGAGGUUCAACGUUUUCUCUUUUUCGUUUUUUGUUGUUUUUGUUUUGUUUUUUGGGUGAGAGAAAGGUAGAAGAUAAUGGGUUCAGUUUCUGAAACCGUUUGCGUUACCGGAGCUUCUGGUUUCAUCGGGUCAUGGCUUGUUAUGAGACUCAUCGAGCGUGGCUACACCGUCCGAGCCACCGUUCGUGACCCAGGGAACAUGAAGAAGGUGAAGCAUUUGGUGGAGCUGCCGGGUGCAAAGACGAAGCUGUCUAUGUGGAAGGCUGACCUAGGUGAAGAGGGAAGCUUUGAUGAAGCCAUUAAAGGGUGCUCCGGAGUUUUUCAUGUGGCAACUCCGAUGGACUUUGACUCUGCGGACCCUGAGAGUGAAGUGAUAAAGCCUACAGUAAACGGAGUUCUGGAUAUCAUGAAAGCUUGCAUGAAGGCAAAGACAGUGAGAAGGCUUGUGUUUACAUCCUCAGCAGGAACCCUUAAUGUUAUUGAGCACCAGAAGCCCGUUUUUGAUGAAACUUGUUGGAGUGACGUUGAGUUUUGUAGGAGAGUAAAGAUGACCGGUUGGAUGUAUUUCGUUUCUAAAACACUGGCCGAGAAAGAAGCAUGGAAAUUCGCCAAAGAUCAUGGCAUGGACUUCAUCACCAUCAUUCCACCUCUUGUUGUUGGUCCCUUUCUCAUGCCAACCAUGCCACCAAGCCUAAUCACUGCCCUUUCUCCUAUCACAGGAAAUGAGAGCCAUUAUUCGAUCAUAAAGCAAGGUCAGUUCGUGCACUUGGAUGAUCUGUGUCUUGCUCACAUAUUUCUGUUUGAACAACCAAAAGUUGAAGGGAGGUACAUAUGCAGUGCAUGUGACACUACUAUUCAUGACAUUGCCAAACUAAUCAAUGAAAAAUACCCUGAGUACAAGAUCCCCACCAAGUUCAAGAAUAUUCCAGAUGAAUUGGAGGUUGUGAGAUUUUCUUCGAAGAAGAUAAAAGAUUUAGGAUUCCAAUUUAAGUACAGCUUAGAGGAUAUGUACUGUGGAGCAAUUGAUACAUGCAGAGACAAAGGGCUUCUUCCUAAACUUGCUGAAACUCCACUCAGUAGUAUCAUUCAGAAUGCAGAAACUCCUACCAAGGGCGUUAUUCAGAACUAAACACACCCUUUAAUUUAUUUGUUCAUGCAUGUUUCUUGGUUAGUUUCAAUCUCAGUUUUUUUAUUAAGUUAGAAAUGUGCGUACAUUGUAACAUGAACUUCUAAUAAUGUCUCAUAACAUUACAUGUUUGAGCAUCUACUUCUGUUGAUUCAAGUGAUUAUGGUCACACGGUUGUUAGUUACAUGUACUUCUAAUAAAACUGUUUCUAUAUUUCGA